AUGGGCAGAAAGUGCUCACAUUGUGGGAACAUAGGCCACAAUUCAAGGACUUGUACCGCUUAUUCUAGGGGCAAUAUUAGUGUUAUGGCUGCUGGCUUGAGGCUUUUUGGGGUACAGCUUGAUGUCCCGUGUAAUUCUGCUCCUUCUUCUUCUAAUUCUAAUUCCAUUGCCAUGAAGAAAAGUUUCAGCUUGGAUUGCUUGUCUUCAUCACCGACCUCAUCUCCUUCACCAUCAUCGUCACUCUCUUCAUCAAGAAUUUCCAUCAGUGAAAAUUCUGACAAGAUAUCUAUUGGUUAUCUCUCCGACGGACUCUUAGGUCGACCUCAGGAAAGGAAAAAAGGUUUGUAA